GAAACUGGAUUUUUGGGUGGUACAAUUUUUGCCAAAACAGCAAUAUUUUUCCAUUAAACACAUAAAACGUUUGUGCGGGUGUUCAAGUUACUCACAAGUAGGAAACCUUUGUGUAAAAAAUACCACUGAAAGUUCAACUGAGCAAGAUGCCUCGCGUUAACUUCACUCGAACGGAUCGGAUAGCCCAAAUGUCUCAACAGGAACAGCUCAUCGCUCAGAAAAGGCAACAAAUUUUGGAAAAACAGCGCACACUGCAAAUGGCCAAGCAGAUUGUCGCAGAAGCUAGUAAAAACAAUGCAAGUGUCGAUGAGUCUGAGACAGAUAAGUCAAGUGCAGCAUUGAAGAUUCCAUUUAACAAUGAUGGAUCGUUCUUAGAAAACUUUAAAAAGUUAAGCGAAAAGUUUGCGAAAACCAACGAGGAUCAAAAUAAACGUGUUGCUGAGGAGGAACCUUCCAAUAGUGAAAAAAAAUUUAAAGCCGACGAAACAGUGCAAAUACCGAUUCUUCCGCCACCCCCACCCCCAGCACCACCUGUUCCACCGUCUAUUGCAGCUGUCCCCGCGGAAAUAGCUUAUGCCUCCUACUACAAUAUAGCGCAUCCUCCGCCUAUGAUGGCGUUAUUGCAACCGGCUCCAUUGCCGCCCCCUAUUCCCGAGGCCGUAAUCGAGCCCAUUCGUCCUGAUGUAGCACCAGAAGUGUCUGUGGAAGUAUGUCCUCAACAGCCACAACUGCAAACUCAACAACCAUCGCUAGAGCCAGUUCCUGAAGUGGGUGCCGAAUGUAAAGUAUUUUCAGAGAAUGAUAAAUUACCAACGACAGUUGAAGAGUUGGUUGAAUUGGUUGCCGAUAUCGGUGAUGUUUAUGAAGAAAAAUUAAGUUCACGUAAAAAUGACUUGCAUCCAUCGCUUUGGUUCUUAUUUGAUAGACAGUCAGAGGCUUACAGAAACUAUCGACAUAUGAUUGUAGCAAGACUGUUUAAGACAGCCGGAAUUGAGCAUGCUUUGCCGCCACCACCUCAACCAUUCCGCAGUGCAGGCCCGUCAGCUGUCCCAACUGUACCAAGGGAUGAUUCCAAAUAUGACCCCGAGGAUGUACUGGACGAUACCAAUAUGGACGAAGAAGUGCAAACCCUAGCCCCAGAGGACCAAGCGGCAAAUGACGAGCCGAUUCAGAUGCAGCCAAAUUAUUACGGUGAUGAGAAACAUUUUUACGAUGAUAAAUCUACGACAGAAACAGAUUCCGAUACAGAAUUCGUACGGGAAGCUCGCAAACGAAACUUAAAGAAUCUGAAACGGAAAACUAUGAACGCCGGUAAUGUGAGAGAGGAUACCUCGACCGAUACGGAUGACGAUUUUGGAGAAUCUUCGGAGGGCAAGCAAGACUCUCAUAGCGAAAAGGCAGGCAAUUCGAGUGGUGGUGGUGGCGGUGCAAAAAAUGCUAGACAAAAACACAGGAAAAAAUCACGCUGGGGUGAUCAGAUGGAAGGAGCGGAUGGCCAAGAUUUUGCGAGGGAUAGUAAAGGAUCAGCCGAUAAUUCACAGAAUAGUACUACAGCAAAUUCUGAACUACCGUCUAGUUCUUACGGUGGCGUACAGCCCCAACAACAUCAAAAUUCUCGCUUGAAUCCAGGUUUGUUGCAAUUUGUUUUCCAAUGUUUCGGCACCGUUGACGUUAGUCCCGAAAGUUGGAAAAAAGCAGAAGAGCAUUUUAGAAUUCGCUUGCUGUACGAAGAUAUGUCUAGCAAAAUUCAGCUACAUGAACGAUUCGCUAGUAAUCAAUUGAUGGGUAAUGGUGGCAAUGAACAAAUAGAUACCGAACAAGAUCAUAUUCUCAAUGCAGAUAAAAUGAAUGCCGUUCUGUUGUGGAUAAACGAGAUCACAAAAUUCUACGACCGUACUGGUGCAACCAGCUUGGAGUCAUUUUUAAUGCGCGAUGAAUAUGAUAGCUUUAUGUGUAAAUUCCGCAAGCAUUCUGAUAGCCAACCAAACUUUGAGGAUUACAAAAAAUUGAAACUCGAGCAGGCAAAAAUAGUCUCAACAAACUCUCGUGGAGAGUAUAGCUCAACGGAUUCAGACUUUGUUAAGAAUAAGCCAUUAGAAACGCUUGAGGAACCUACCCAAGCUGGUGCCACCGUAAAUGAAAGUGAGACAAAUGCCAAACGCCGUAAGAGCCGCUGGGGUGACCAGGUUUCGAUUCAAGCAACCCCAAGCUCAGCGCCUGAUUGUACUACUCCCUCACAGACGUCUGGUCCUUCGUCCUCACACUAUCAACCUGCAAAACUAAGCACCGUAGGCCGUAGUGACCCGGCUCUGCUGGCUUACGUUCGUCAGAAUUUCGGCACAACUAAUCUUUCCGAAGAAGAUUGGCGGAAAGCGGAGGACCAUUACAAAAUAAACUUGCUUUACCAGGACAUGUUGCGGAAACGGCAAGAAAUUGACCGAUUAGCUGCCAGCGGAAAGUUCAAGUAUGAAUACGAUUCCGAUGAGGAUACGACUGGAGGAACUUGGGAACAUAAGCUUCGUUCGCAGGAAAUGGAGGCUACACAACUGUGGGCCAACGAACUAACGAAAAAGUCAGAAGGAAAGCACCACAUUGGGGAUUUUCUACCGCCUGAAGAAUUGCGCAAGUUCAUGGAAAAAUACGACGCACAAAAGAACAAUCGACAGCCCAACCUGAGCGAUUAUAAAGAGUACAAGCUCAAGGAGGACAACGUGGGUUUUCAAAUGUUGCAAAAACUGGGCUGGAAGGAAGGUCAAGGAUUAGGAGCUGACGGCAGUGGUAUCGUUGAUCCUAUUAACAAAGCAUCGCAACGCGAUAAUAACCAGGGACUGGGAGUUAUGCCGACAGACAAUCCGGAGGUGGACGAUAACGAGUACGACGCAUAUCGUAAGCGUAUGAUGCUUGCAUACCGAUUUCGACCAAAUCCACUGAAUAAUCCUCGCAGGGCAUAUUAUUGAAUUUAAUCAAUACACACACACGCUUACACUUUCGAUAAUGGUGUACUACUGAAUGCUGAUCUGUAAUAAUCUGUGGCAUAAAGAGUGACGGUAACAGCACCGUAAGCAAGUUGAGUUAUUCCGAACUGUUAAUGGCUAAGGUAAUGCGCCAGUCUGUCGAACAAUUCGUAGGAGUACGUACGAGUAUCUGGCAUUCUUGUUGUCGGUAAACCGUUCAUUUUCAGAAUUAAUUUCCCCACAGAUAAUUGAUUUGAUUAUACAUACCAGCAUUGCCUUUGCUGGCGUAAGAAUGCAUUGAAUACUAUUAAUAUUUAAUAAAUAGUUAAUUGAAAUAAACGU